GGAGGUGGAGGUGGAGGCGAGGCGCUGAAAUUGUGGGGAGCUGGAGUGGGAUUGCUCUGUGAGGCAUGCCGUGGUGUGCGGAGCGAUAGCGGCGGACAGAGCUCCCUGCCCCGAUCAGGAGCAGCCACGGCCGCGGGAAACGUGCCUGAAAAGCAGUUUCCAGCCUUUGCGUUAGGCUCCUCGGCGGACGCGCAGGAGGCUCGGAGGACCGGGAGUGGACGCCGGCCCGGGAGGCUGACCUGCCGGGACGCCCCGUGGCGCGGACCCGGACGGUGCCGGGACCUCGCGGGCCGCACGACGCCCCGCCUUUCCCCAGGAGAGCCCCCCAACCUCGCUCCCUUCAGAGAGCGGGGAGCCAGACCCCCCACCCCGGGAGCGGAGCGGCGGCCUCGGCCUCGGCCUCGCGGGCGUGCGCUCCUGGGCCCCGUCGCAGACAGACGCCGGUUCGAGACCCGGCCCGGGCCGCGGGGGACGCCACAGUCCGGACGUGGAGCUCGCCCGGAGCGGUCCGCGCCAGGGAGCCCUCUGCUCGGGAUUCGGAGCCUCGGACCCAGGGGAUUGCGCGCCGGCUCCUGGGCGCGCUGCCCGCGGAGAGCCCGGCGGUGGAUGCUGCUGAGCCGCGAGGGCCCAGGCGCGCGGUGAGCGCCGGGGCCGUGAGCGCCGCGGCCGGAAGGGGCCGCGGGCCAUGCCCGCUCGCCCGCCCCGUCGCGCUUGAUGCGGCGCCGGCCCGCCGCCUGCCCCGGGACUCGGGCCCCCGCCCCCGCCGCGGCCCAGGAUUUCAGAUGCAUGCCAGGUUCCCGCUGAUUGCCACCAUUCAAGAUCCCUACACAUGGAUCCCCCAAACCAGCAUGGCAGCGGCAGUUCGUUGGUCCUGACCCAGCCGCCCGCCCUGGACAGCCGGCAGAGGCUGGACUAUGACAGAGAGAUCCCACCUGCUGCUAUCCUGUCCCUGGACCAGAUCAAAGCCAUCCGAGGCAGCAACGAAUACACGGAAGGGCCGUCCGUGGGGAGAAGACCCGCUCCCCGCACAGCCCCGAGACAAGACAAGCACGAGAGGACUCACGAGAUCAUACCGAUUAAUGUGAAUAACAACUACGAGCAUCGACCUGCGGGCCACCUGGGCCACGCGGGGCCGUCCCAUCACCCCGCCCGGGGCCCCGUGCUGAGCCGGUCCACCAGCAGCGGGAGCGCGGCCAGCUCGGGGAGCGGCGGCAGCGCCUCUUCUGAGCAGGGGCUGCUGGGAAGGUCGCCGCCCGCCAGGCCCGUCCCUGCCCAUCGGUCCGAGAGGGCCAUUCGGACCCAGCCCAAGCAGCUGCCGGUGGCGGACGACUUGAAGGGCGCUCUGAAAGAAGACCCGGCCCGGCACCAGUUCAUCUGCGAGCGGUGCGGCAAGUGCAAGUGCGGCGAGUGCACGGCCCCGCGGACCCUGCCGUCCUGCCUGGCCUGCGACCGGCAGUGCCUGUGCUCGGCGGAGAGCAUGGUGGAGUACGGCACCUGCAUGUGCCUGGUCAAGGGCAUCUUCUACCACUGCUCCAACGACGACGAGGGCGACUCCUACUCGGACAGCCCGUGCUCCUGCUCCCAGUCGCACUGCUGCUCCCGGUACCUGUGCAUGGGGGCCAUGUCUCUGUUCCUGCCGUGCUUACUCUGCUACCCGCCUGCCAAGGGGUGCCUGAAGCUCUGCCGGGGGUGUUACGACUGGACCCACCGCCCGGGCUGCAGGUGUAAGAACUCCAACACCGUCUACUGUAAGCUGGAGAGCUGCCCCUCCCGGGCUCAGGGCAAGCCCUCAUGACUUGGGAGGGGCGUGUUCGGACCUCCCCAACUAACUUUCCGAGCGGUGGCUGUUGAAAAACGAUGCUAUUGGAUACUGAUUUUUAUUUUCUUGACGACUUACCCCGUUUCCUGCCCUCUCUCCUCCUGUUCCCAAGGCUUGACUGGUGGAUGGUACCCUCUUAUGGACAGUCAGUGAGAACGGACUGGGUCCCACUCAGGACAAGAGCUUCUGCCACACCCUCACCCCCCUCAGGAGGGUGUUGGGAGCCACGGGCUGGGGUUUUGUAUAGCCUUUUUGUUCUGCAAGCAACCUUACAAAAUUGCCCAUGCAACACCCCCCUCCCCACCACCAUCACCACACACAUACACCCCUAGGGGACAGUGAUGGAGAGCUGUUUUUGAUUGGGGUUAUUCCAGGAGCAGGGAAAUUGGUGUUUAAAAAAGCAGCCCUUUACUUGCUUAAAUAAGCUAUGUAUUCAGUCUGUCUCCAGUUAGUGCUAUCUUCCUAGGCCUUGGACCCUUACAUAGCCUGGGAAGAUAUAUUUUUGUUAUCACAUAAACGUUUUCCUUUAACCACUGCCUCCUUGCCCCUCGAGAGUCCUCUCCCCUCAGUUUUGGCAUUGUCUCAUUGUAGCCAUGCCAUGGUUUUGUUUGUUUGGUGUUGUGUUUUUUUUUUUUUUGUAUGUAAUGUUAGGUUCACUCUGCAGUGUAAAUCUUCACAUUGGAGAUAUACUUGGUUGUAUCUUGCUGAUCUUCGUUCUGGCUUUCUUAUUUGGGAAGGUCUCAGCUACCUUCCUUCCGCACCCCACACCUUUCACCACAUUUCUCCUGUCGUUGAGGGCACUUGGGCCCCUGACGUUGAUAUUUAUAGCUAAUCCGUCUGCGGGUGUCAGAGAAGUAUGCUGCCUCAAGUGAUCUUGGCUCCUGACUGGUCGGUCCCUUUGCCUUGGUUAGUUAACAGCUGAGCAAGUCUAAUCUCUUCUGUGUUUUCAUUGCCUUAACCACAAAUUGUGGUGCUUUUUUGUAUAUUUUAUGUAUAAAUCACAAAGUUGAAUUCUGACUAUUUUUAAGACAAAAGUCUGUUAAACUUUUUUAUUGUAAAGAAUAUUUAUUAUGCGAAUCUAUUAUUUUAUGAUAUUUAUUGCAAAAGACUGUUGAAAUGUACUCAUGUCUGAAUAUAACAAAAUAUCAAUACAUAACGGAAAAUAAGGUGAUACGAAGAAAGUACAUAUGUUAACUAUAAUGCAGAAAUAUAUUAAU